UUUGUAAAAAGUGCUAAGUGUUUAAAAAAUUUAUACUAAGAAGUAUAUAAAUAACAAUUUCAAUAAUAUAUCAAGAAUCUCAAAUAACCCCACCAUAUCCAAGGAUUUAUUUAUCUAUCUACCAAAUUCAUUGAACCAGAUCAACUAUGGGAAACAUACAUACAACUGGACCAAAUCAGGCCUUAAUUGUAUCAGGUGGCUGCUGCGGUUCAACUAAGAAACGUACUAUUGUGGGUGGAUGGGCCUGGGCCUGGUGGCUAGUAACAGAUGUACAGCGUCUCUCUCUCAACGUUAUGACCCUCAAUCCUAUGUGUGAGAAUGUGGAAACAGCCCAAGGUGUGCCUUUGACAGUUACCGGUGUGGCACAGUGUAAAAUAAUGAAGUCAAACUCGUAUGCAAAGUCUUAUGAAACUGAAGAGGCUGACGAACUUUUGGGUACGGCCAGUGAGCAAUUUUUGGGCAAGAGUGUAACUGAAAUCAAGCAAACCAUCCUGCAGACACUUGAAGGACAUUUGCGUGCCAUAUUGGGAACUCUUACAGUCGAAGAGGUAUACAAAGAUCGCGAUCAAUUCGCAGCCUUAGUGCGCGAGGUAGCCGCACCUGAUGUCGGCCGCAUGGGAAUCGAAAUUCUCUCGUUCACCAUCAAGGACGUCUUCGAUGAUGUCCAAUACUUGGCCUCGCUCGGCAAAGCUCAAACGGCCGUUGUUAAACGCGAUGCCGAUGCUGGCGUAGCCGAAGCCAAUCGUGAUGCCGGCAUACGUGAAGCCGAAUGUGAAAAGAGUGCCAUGGAUGUUAAAUAUUCCACCGAUACGAAGAUUGAGGACAAUGCACGUCUCUUUAAAUUGCAAAAGGCCAAUUUCGAUCAGGAAACAAAUACUGCCAAGGCCGAAUCUCAAUUGGCCUACGAAUUGCAGGCAGCGAAAAUACGUCAAAAGAUACGUAACGAAGAAAUACAAAUUGAUGUGGUGGAGAGACGUAAACAAAUCGAAAUCGAAUCACAAGAAGUACAACGUAAGGACAGAGAAUUGAUUGGCACUGUCAAAUUACCCGCCGAAGCUGAAGCAUUUAGAGUACAAACCAUAGCCCAGGGUAAACAAUGUCAAACUAUUGAAAUGGCCCGUGCAGAAGCCGAAAAGAUACGUAAAAUUGGUGCUGCCGAGGCUCAUGCCAUUGAAUUGGUGGGUAAGGCCGAAGCAGAACGUAUGCGCAUGAAGGCCCAUGUCUAUAAACAAUAUGGAGAUGCUGCCAUUAUGAGUAUUGUUUUGGAAUCACUACCCAAGAUUGCUGCCGAAAUUGCCGCUCCUUUGGCUAAAACUGAAGAAAUUGUUCUUAUCGGUGGCAAUGACAAUAUAACCAACGAUGUCACCCGCCUUGUGGCCCAAUUGCCACCCUCAAUCAAUGCCCUAACUGGUGUCGAUCUAUCCAAGGUUCUAUCGAAAAUACCGGGUGCCAAAGCGUGAGAUUUAGCUCAUCUCUCGGCACAUGGAUUUGAUGAUUUGGCAAUGGCUUGAACAUAACUAUAAACGAAUUCCGAUAUUGCAUUUUUUUGACCAACGACGACGAUGAUAAAAUUUUGACUAAAUUAUUGAACUUAUAAAGAAUAACUUUCUUUAUUUAACUCUUAAAACAAUCAAGUAAAAUAACACAAAAUAUUUUUGAAGUCA